GACUGCACCUCCUGCUGCCGCUGCCGCCUCUUGUCUCCUGCGUACUCCCUUUCACACCACGAUGCAUGUGGUCUGCGCACCAGCGGUGCUUCUCCUCUCGCUCGUCACACGAGCCGGGGCCUUCGCCUUCUCCUCCGCUCCUUCCGAUUCAUGUUUCCAUCACACUGUCAACAACCGCAGGAGCAGCAACAGCGGGCGGCGGAGCCUAGCUAGCCGGCGCGCAGCUUUGAGGUGCAGCAGACGAGAGAUGCAGAGACACAGCAGACAUGAUGUGUCGUUCGGCUUGUCGUCGUCGCGACAACACUGCAGGCAGGCGGGCCGACAGCUGUUGCGGCGGCAUGGCCUCGCCGUGCACCCACCAGCAGCAGCAACUGCAACUACGACGAGCAGGAGCAUGCACCAAGGCGAUGCCAACGGCGAAGGGGAGGAGGAGGAGGAGGAGGAGGAGGAGGAGGAGGACAGGCUUGACCAAGCUCGGCGACGACUACCACAGCAGCAGCAGCAGCAGCAGCCAAAGAGGCGGGGACAGCAGUCGCGCGCGGAUUUCCUACGAGCAGGAGCGUCCAUGGUCGGGUUUGCAGGCGCGGUGUUGGGAGCCCAACAAGAGGCCGCGCGGGCCAUCGACCUCGGGGGCGUCGAGUUCGGGUUCGGGAACAAGAACGCCUUCACCAUCCCCCCGGAGGACAACCCGGACGGGCUGCGGUCACCGAGACCCCUGGCCUACCGCAUCGAGUACACGGACCCCCCCACAACGGUCCCGUUCCCGAGGGACACAGAGCCCAACCUGGUCAAGGAAAUAGCCGGACAGGGGCUCGUUUUCUUCGGGGUGCACGGGGAGGACGCACCGGACCCGGCGCUGGCCGCGGACGUGAUAGGCAAGCUUUCCGCCAGCCUCAAGAACCAGGCGGCCAUCGGACUCGAGCAGGUGGAAAUGCAGUUCCAGCCGGCCCUUGAUUCAUACGUUGCCGGAGGAGACCAGGGGGGUGAUGGAAAGGACGAGGACCUAGACAGCGCGGACGCCGAGCUGGCUCGGGCCACGCAGUGGGCGGAGCGCUGCGCCUUUCCCUUCGAGAACUUCUUGCCGUUGUUCCACCUCGCAAGGAGGCGUGGCCUGCCGAUGGUCGCCUUGGGAGUCGACAGCGAGAAGGUGUUCGACGUGAUGCAGAACGGCAUGGACUCGCUCGGGGAGGACGACAGGAACGCGUACGUGUCCGACUUCAAGGGCUUCGUGACGUACGUGAGGGACAAGGGCUUCCAGGUCUACGCGGACAAACUGAUCUUCCCCUCGUACGACAGGCUCAAGGAAGCGGGGUUGUUGGGCAGCAAGCCGCCGACCAAGCCCAACUUCUUCGCCGCUAGAAUCCUGGCUGACGAGGCCGUCGCGUCCAAGGCGGUGGAUUGGGCGACCGAUAACAAGGGGCUGAAAUUGUUUGUGGUGCAGAGGGAAGACCACGUUAAGUUCGGCUUCGGCGCUUCGGGGAGAGCGGCAAGGAUCGCCAAGAGCCUGGGGGCCGAGAUGCCGACCAAGUCCGUCCUGAUAAACCCCACCGCCGAGGGAUCGCUGUCGCAGAGCCGGUCCUUGAGGCUGGCGCUGGAGUACGCCGACGACCUCCAGAACGGGAAGCCGCUGGCCAACUACCUUUGGUUCAGCAAGUCCCCGAAGGUCAACCAGAUCCCGCGCAUGGUCAACCCGGAGGAUAAGGGAUGGCUCGAGAGGAUCAACCUGUACGACCUGAAGGGGGCGGCACCCUCGUAG